AUGGAGGUUGCGUCCUGUCUCUCUCGACUCAGUCUAUCCCCCCCUUCUCUUUCUCUUUCAAUCUUCCCAUUGCCGUCUCUCUUCAUGCCUCCUCAAGCUGCUAUGCUUUUGAGUCGACUCAAAAGUCACCUCGUUAGUGGCAUGGUGGACAACUACCUGGUGGGGUCGGUGCCGGCGCUGGCCAGCCAGCUGCGCAUCUUGGACGUGGGAUACAACUUCCUCACGGACGUCCCAGCAGUCACCUACACCUUUUGUGGCGGCACCAACACCUGCCUCCUCACGCCCUCCAAGUGCACCAGCUCCGGGACCACUCAGAGGCCCGCCGCGGACUGUGCCAUCUACGGCACCACCAACGGCGUCGGGCCCUUCUGCACGCCGGGGAAUGGAGUGUGCUCGCCAAAUGCAGCUGCUGCCGUGGCUGCCGGCACUACUAACGUGUUGGCACAACCAGUCCUUCCUGUAUCAUGCUUGGGCACCACAGCAGUGCCUCUCACCGCCUCAAAUGCGGCGGCCAUGCUGAGCAUCAAAUCGGCACCUGGGACUCACCUUCACCACGUGGGCCACCACUAA